UGAAAAAUGCGUGGUCAGCCCACUCAGGCCAUAUCAAAGUGCACUUUGACAAGUUGUAUAAAAGCCCUUCAUUCCGGCUAAAUCGAUCAUAAUCAAUUCGCAACAGCAAACCUACCUCUGCGUUGAAAUCAAAUGCCGCAAUUUAAUUGGUCGCUGCUGUAAAGGAUAAAAGACCGAGGCAUAAACAGAAAAGAAUCCUGCAACAAACAUGGCGCCGCAGACCGUACUCAUCACUGGGUGCUCGACAGGGAUCGGUUUUGCCACGGCCCUCAUGCUAGCCAAAGACAAGCUUACCAGAUUCAAGGUGUAUGCGACAAUGAGGAAUUUGAAGUCAAAGUCCAACCUGGAAAAAGAAGCAGGAAACACCUUGAACAAGACACUCUUCAUCCGGGAACUUGACGUGACCAAGGACCCGACUAUCAAAUCGGUUGUAGACGGGAUUCUGCGAGACAACGGGAGAAUCGACGUUCUUGUGAACAACGCCGGCUACAUGGCCUUAGAUGGCAUCGACCAACAGUCGUUAGAAUGGUGCCAAGCUAUGAUGGAUACCAACUACUGGGGAGUAGUAAGAACAACCAAUGCCGUGUUACCAGCGAUGAAGAAGCAGAUGUCAGGCAGGAUCAUUAACGUUUCCAGUAUUGUCGGCGUCAGUGGUGCUCCGUUUUAUGCUACCUAUACUGCUACAAAGUUCGCCAUGGAAGGAUACUCCGAGUCCAUUGCCCCAGUGUUGAGAGAUGGAUACAAUAUCAAAUUGAGCAUCGUUGAACCGGGGCCAGUCAAAACGGAGCUUUUUAACAAGGUCCUUGGUACACCGUUCGCAGAACAAGCCAAAGAUUUUGACCCCAUCUUGCGAGAUUUAGUCGUCACAAAUAUGCAGCCCAUGGCGUCUGCGAUGGCUUCGGUAACCCAAAGCGCCGAUGAGAUAGCCAAGCUGCACAUGGAUAUCAUUCUGAGUGACAAUCCUCACCUGCGCUAUCAGACGUCCGAAGACUUGACGAAAAGGGCGGCCAUGAAGCUUCGUGAUCCGACCACAGAUUUUCUCCUCGAUAUGCUCAAACAAAGCCGUUACGCUUCCCCUACAGAGUAGCGUCAUGUAGUAAAGUCGCAACUGAAAGAUAAGUUGCCAAGCAAGCGUAUCUUUCUCAAGUUUGUCCAUCUACUGGAGAGUUCAUUAUCAAAAUGAGCACCAAAAAAAAAGAACAAUUUGGUAACUUUUUCCAUAAAUGGCAAUGAGGUCUGACACGAACAACAAAUAAAGAAAACCAAGCCAAAAACAAAUCGUCAAAAUGACAGCAACAGAAAAUGUACGUUUGGAAUCGCCGCGUAGACAAUGGAGGGCGAUUGUUGAACCUUUGACGAUUGGGUACUGUUUUGAAAGUCCAUUACAGUGUACCGUCAAGCGUGCUGAAAAAAAAAAAGAAGUAUUAAACCAUUUACAGAUUGACGAUCGAUAGCACUAUACAGCCGUAUGGUUGCCAAGGCCUUAUAACACAGUAAAUUCGGAUUAACUUUGUUUAACAGCAAGGCCUAAAGCCUCGCCGUUGUUAAACAAAAUUUAUCCGAUUACAUACUUGGACGCUAUAACAGAGUAGUGAAAUUCAUGCAGCCCC